UGACGUGACGUUUGUGGUGGGCCGGGAGCAGCAGAAGGUUUUUGCGCAUCGCUGUGUGCUGGCGUGCCGCUGCCAGGCUUUCCGGGGGAUGCUCAGCCAGGGGCCAGCAGGCAGUGAGGACUCCCCUGGCAGCAUCCCACCCCAGGGCCCCUUCAUCUUGGGCAACGUGCAGCCCGAUGUCUUCUUGGCUGUCAUCGAAUUCCUCUACACCAACAGCGUCACCCUCAACAGCUGCAUUGCGCUGGAGGUCCUGACCUCGUCAGUGGAGUAUGGCCUGCAGGACCUGUGCAAGCUCUGUGUCAAGUUCAUCAAGGAUACUCUGAGUGUGGAGCAGGUCUGCGAGGCUCUGCAGGCUGCGGUGACCUAUGGGCAGGCAGACCUCCAGCAGCACUGCCUGGCAUUCAUCGAGGGCUGCACCACGUGGGGCGGGGUCCCAGUACCAGCACUCUGGUGCUGUUUUUUUUUGCGGACGCAGGGCUUCCAUGAGCUCUCCGAUGCGGUGCUGGCACGGGUGCUGCGCAGCGACCGCCUGACUGUGGACGAGCUGGACCUGGUGCAGGCUGUGCGGGAGUGGGCACACGUCAGCUCGGUGCGGGAGCUGCGCCUGCCCUUGCUGGCACCCAGUGAGCUGGCGAUGCUGGAAAGCCUCAACCAGCGGGACUUGCUCAUCCCGGUGGAGAGCAUCGCAGCAGCAUGGCGAUCUCAUGCGCUGAGGAAG